CCAGGCAACAGACUUGCGCUACCGGAACCGAGCGCUGAGGCAGUGCUUUCUGCAGAGCUUCAUUUCAAAAGCUAGAGAGUUGCCCUCUGCAGGCGUGGAAAGAUGGCCCAUUCCCAGAUCUCUAUGAACCUUCCCCUCGACAACAACCCCACCCAGGCUGCCACUGCCUAUGGCUGUCGGGCCCUGCCCAAGCUGAAAGAGGAGCUGCAGUCGGAGGACCUACUGACGAGGCAGAAAGCCCUCAUGGAUCUGUGUGACCUUAUGCAUGACCCUGAAUAUGUCUACGUGGCCAUUGACAUAGGCUGCCUGGAAAGCCUGAAAGCUUUGCUGAAGGAUACUAAUGACAUGGUGCGGAUAAAGACCACCGAGGCGCUCUACAUCAUGGCAAACCACAACGUGGGCAGAGAGGGCUUUUUAAAGCAUGACAUCAUCCUUGCCUUGUCCUUCCUGAUGAAUGACCACCAGAAAACGUGCCGAGAGAACCUGCACCUCGUGUUCAAGCACCUGGCCCAGCUGCCUUCAGGUUUUCAUCUGUGUGCAGUCAGUUCCGUCAGUCUUUCCCUGUGUGUGUGUCGUCGUUGCUGUUUAAGAGCUCAUGACAGUGUCCUGCCGUGUGUCCUUCUGAAAGUGUAGAGUCCUGCUCUUCACAUUCAGCUCAUGAAGGUCCCUGGGAUGGAUUUCUGUUUGACUGUUUUGAGCUCUUCUUGUCCAGCACUUGCCAGCCCAACACCGUCUCGAUGCCCAAAGCACCAUGAUCCUCUGUGUUCCGACGGACAGGCCCUGCCACCAUCCUCUUCCUGCACGGCUUUUCUGGACUCCACGCGUGCUGGGCACGCCACGAGGAGCAGGGUCCUGUGGUUCCGACAAACCUCAGUGGGGCGCCAGUGCCGAGCCUUUAUCAUGGGAUUUCUGGGUGCUGUGCGUUGUCUGUGCCAUGCCCUGAAGGGAGGCCUGGGACACGCUGGUGGAGGGCAUGUGGCUGCAGGGGCAGCAGGGAGAUAGCUGGAGAGAGACAGGGAGACAUACAGUGUGGUGGGCGUCCCAGAGGUCCAUCUGGGGGUGGUCUAAGUUCUGUGACUCCUGGGUUGGCCAGCGUGGUUGAGUCCCAGGUGGUGUCCUCGAUGGGCCUCCAGGUGGCGGUCCAGGUGGGCUGAGGGCAUCUAUUUCAGCGGCUGCAGUGUUAACAGUGUGGGACCCUGGGCAGUCACGUAGCCUGUCAGCCCGUCUCAACACCAAGCAUGGGCAGCCGCAGGGAGCACGUGCAGCCUGGCCGGGAUGGCCUGCACUCGGGGCUCAGCCAGCUCUCAUGCUGAUGGUCAUUAAUACAGGCUUUCUGUCCGUGGCCACACUGGAAGGCAUCCUCUGCGCCUGCUGGAGCACCUGGCACGUGGCUGCCAUUCAGCAAAUAUUGAUUGUGUAGCAGGUUUUAUACUGUAUUUCCAAGGAUCAUUUGUCAGGUGUUUUCUUGAGGCAGUUCACUCACUUGCUCCUUCAUUCA